AUGGUGUCCACUCCACUAACCGCUAGUUCUCGUUGGAUUCACACAGAUCCGUUAUCAGCAUUAUGGAAUAUGUCUGAUGAUAUACCGGUUAAUGAUGUGACAGUAGGUCCAGAUCAUAAAACUGUUAUCGUGUUGGAUCAUUCACCCGAUUUUGCCACUUCUUCCAACUUUAAAAUUGAUGUCCCCCUGAAAGACUCAGCAACAGGACAGAUGCGUUUAGUAAAUCAGGUGGAGAAGACGCUUUGGACUUGUGCUGUUGAGUCAGCCUUUGAGUUCCAUCGAAUUGUUGAUGAAAUUUAUCCAGACGGUGUGCGACUGAUGCGCUUCGUGAUUUCUGAUUUUGUUGGAAGAUUUCUGACACCAAACUGGGGCACACAACUUAUCUCACUGGAUCAGUUAUUGAAAUCAUUUGCAUCCUGUGGCGUCCCGGACGCUAAAGCAGAUUUAUCAUCCUGUUCAAUAAUUAACGGUAUCUCUAUCGCUGUUGAAGCGAUCAGUGAGUUGACAGAGUUACAAAAAAAGCAAUCUGGUUUGAAUUCCGGUUUCAAGUGCUUUGGAAAAUAUAGUAAACGUGGCGAAAGCAGUAUGAGACGGCGUAGUAAUAAGAGGCAGCUGGGAAUCAAUGAAAAUUUGACUGAUUUUAUUGAUGACAAGAAGAAAAUGGACUUGAGGAAUAUGAAAUUUGCGAGUCGUAUGGAAAGUUUGUCACUGAAAAUAAAGCUUGCGCGACAGGAAAUGCAUGCAUUAACAGUCAAAAGUGGUAUCAAGAAAACAUUUCCAAAUAUGGGCUCGAUUGUUGUUUUUACUUCUCUUAAGAGUGAUGAAGAUAUUGCUAUGUUAACGAAACAUAUCACAGAAGAUAUCAUUAGUCGCAAUAAAAUUGUAAAAGCUCUGGAUGGUGACAAAAAUUUUGCUCCAAUCACUCACGUGCAAGUUUAUUUCAUCAUUAUUUAUCCUGUGACAGAUGGUAAUAAAGAUAAAAUCUAUCUUCCAACCGCUAAACCACUCACUAAGAUAAACGAAUAUGUUUCAUGUAGUGUUGUCUGCGCUGAAGCUGGUCCAUCACUACGUCCCGUUUUGCAUGGUGUUAUUCUAAAACACUUUGAUUUAGCAUCCACUACGGUUACUAGUAUACCAAUGAAGGAGGAAGCACAACAAGGACAGUCCGUGAACUAUGAUGUGGAGGUAUUCCAUCCACGUCGAAGUCAUUAUUUUUUGCAGCAAUAUGGCUUGAUCGGGCCAGGUUCAAAAUUACUAAUCACGGUUAAUCCUGGCGACUAUGAAACCGUCAGACUAGCUUGGACAACUCCAUCUGCCAAAAAUCGUUGGAAUCAGUUCCCUCGGUGCAUCUCUGCACUUCCGAUAUCACCGGCAAGCGUCAAUGGUCGGCCAUCUGUCUGCCUUACUUCAUUUCUCCUUAAUGGCAGGAAUGUUAUGCUCGAAGUGUUAAAACAAAAUGUACAUUUGCCACGAGACGUGACGCCGAAUGUUAAUCAGAAGCUCAUUUCGCAUUUAUUGAUGUGUCACGCAGGAAGGAUUUAUAUGCAUACAGUGCACAUCGGAAAUCAUCCAAUAUUUGAUGAUAAGAAGCUCUUGGCAAGCGCAAUACUACCUAAACCGAGCGCACCGCUUCGUGUUGCUGAUUUUGCUACUUUUAUGAAAGAAACACGUCUUGUUGUUUCACAGGCAGCAGUUACUCCAUCUUCAUCGGCUGAUGACGAAUCGACAUAUAAUGAACAAGCACGGAAGCAGUUAUUGAGACUAACUCGUUACUGGCCCUGCAAGCUAAAUGAAGCUUUCAUAUAUAAUAUACCAAAAAAAUUUGAUCCACUGCUGACAUUAAUUCGACGCAGUGAGCUUUCAACAAAUGAUGUUAAUAAAUGUCGAGAAUGCAUUUAUGCGCUAAUGAAUUACAAGGAUUCAAAGGAGCCACUUACCUCGAAAAGUGUAGAUUGCAUAAAAUUCAAAAAUCCACUCAGCAGGGAUGAACAAUUUCGUUAUACAUGUGAAGAGGUACUGAGUCAUUUGCAUAACUAUGUGAAUCAUUCGGCCAGACACCUUGAAGUGUUCAAUAUGUUUCUGCAAAUUUCGGGUCUUGAUCGUGCAACUCAUCUUUCAGUGCAAGAUGUUUCAGUCUGCACUACACAGUUGCAGUCCAGUUCUUCAUCGGUUUCAGCAAUAAGAAGUCAAUCACCAGUGGAUACGACGCAACCAAAAAGUCGUAGUAUGUCUCCGGUAAUAAAAAAACCGCGAAAGGCCAUAUACACAUGGGCACCAAAUGAAAAGCUGAACCUUUAUAAUUACUACCUUGAACGAUAUCAAAAGGAACAUUUGACGAAAUGGAAAGAUUUCAUUGGUCGUGCAAAGGCUGGCAGCAAACCUGCUGUACUUUAUCCAAAUCUUGAUCUCAGCAAAGUGUCGAGCAAAGGUGAUGCUGAAUCCGUGUGA